GCUAGACGUUGCCAGCGCCAUAUAGAUAGAUUCUAUUAUACGGCUCUGGACGUUGCUAACAGACGUUGAUGCAGAUUGUAUACCGAAUGUUAUGUCUUUGUAUGUGUUUAAAACACAUACAAAGAGUUAGUUUAUCCUUGGAGGGUGAUUUAUCCGUGCUUUCAUCCGUUAAACCGUGUUUUUGUUCCCGUUCUUUGUUCGUAGCUUUUUAUACCAAGUUGCUAAUCGGUAAAGGCAUUAAAGGGAGAUUAGUGUGUUUCGCUGCAGUGUUUUAUCAAGGAGAAGAGAGACUGAAGAACCAGGACGAAGAGGAGAGAGAGAGAGGAAACACAGCCGGAGAAGGAGCUCUGAGAGCAGCAUGGAGAACAAAAAGACGCCUGGAGCUCAGAAACACAGCCGGAGAAGGAGCUCUGAGAGCAGCAUGGAGAACAAAAAGACGCCUGGAGCUAAGAAACCGAAAGGAAGAGAGAGACGUCACAGCUGUCAGCAAUGUGAUGAAUCCUUUACAAAAUCUGGAAAUUUAAAACGCCACCUGCUUAUUCAUACUGGAGAAAAACCGUACAGCUGUGAAGAGUGUGACCAAACGUUCACUCAAUCAGGUCAUCUCAAAAGACAUCAACGUAUUCACGCUGGAGGAAAACCAUACAGCUGUGAAGAGUGUGGGCAAACGUUCACUCAAUCAGGUCAUCUGAAAAGACACCAACGUAUUCACACUGGAGAAAAACCGUACAGCUGUGAAGAGUGUGGGAAAACAUUCACAACAUCACAUGCUCUCAAAAAACAUCAGCGUGGUCACACUGGAGAAAAAACAUACAGCUGUGAAGAGUGUGGGAAAACAUUCACAACAUCAAAUGCUCUCAAAAAACAUCAGCGUGGUCACACUGGAGAAAAAUCAUACAGCUGUGAAGAGUGUGGGCAAACAUUCUCGACAUCGUAUUAUCUUAAAUCACAUCACCGUAUUCACACGGGAGAGAAACCGCACAGCUGUGAAGAGUGUUGCAAAACGUUCGCGACAUCAGGUUCUCUCAUAAUCCAUCAACGUAUUCACACAGGAGAGAAACCGUACAGCUGUGAAGUGUGUGGGAAAAAGUUCACUACAUCAGGUCCUUUCAUAUCACAUAAACGUAUUCACACUGGAGAAAUCCCGUACAGCUGUGUAGAGUGUGGGCUAUCGUUCACUCAAUCAGGUCAUCUCAAAAUCCAUCUACGUAUUCACACAGGAGAGAAACCUUACAGCUGUGAAGUGUGUGGGCAAAUGUUCACUCAAUCAAUUCAUCUCAAAAUACAUCAACGUAUUCACACAGGAGAAAAACCUUACAGCUGUGAAGAGUGUGGGCAAACGUUCACUCAAUCAGGUUCUCUCAAAAAACAUCAACGUAUUCACACAGGAGAAAAACCGUACAGCUGUGAAAAGUGUGGGCUAACGUUCAAAACAUCAGGUGCUCUCAAAACACAUCAACGUGUUCACACUGGAGAGAUACCGUACUGGUGUGAAGAGAUGCCGUUUUCUCCCUAACCCAGUGGUUCUCAAGCUUUUUCCGUCAGGAGAAAAAAAAAAGUCGGUCCCCCCCAACACAAAUAGUCACGUAAUGGGCCAAGUUAACAUUUAUUAAAAUACAUCAAUAUUAACGUUCACUUUGUUAGAACAGUGAUAGUAAAACAAUUCUCCAGAAGUCUGUGUGCUCAAAAGAAUAAAUACAUAAUAUAAUUGUGCAAUCCCUUUGCUAGAACAAUAAGUUAUAAUACUUUGCCACUUUGCAAUCUGUGCUAAAAAAUUUAAAGAAAGAAGAUGCUGAUAUUUGGCAGUAAAGUGUGUCUUAUCACAGCAUUAGUGGCUGCAAUGAGCCUGUUUUGCACAGCACAUUUCUUCAAAACAGGGUUUUAGGCUCAGUGGCAGCGCCAGAGAUUUUCUUUUGGGGGUGCUGUGGGGUAGCUUGACGUUUCAUAGAGGGUGCUCAAACAUUUAGGGUUUCCCAUUAAUAUACCGGUCGCUACAGUUGAAUUUUGUACUGCAACACUCCCCACGCACCAGAGUUCCCGUUAGCCGGUAAUUACCGGACUAUGACCGGUAAAAUAUGCUGAAGACCGGCAAAUCUAAAUCUCUCCGGUCAAAAUGUCCAGUCAAAAUAAUGUCCCCUUAGUGCAAUACCGCAUCAGUUGCGCCACUUAUGUGACAGACAAGAAUAGUAUGUGACAGACAAAAGAGUAUAUGAAACAGAACUGUAAGCAGAUUUACUUUUUCU